ACCACUGAAAGGUAAGGCGAACUGUGAUUGGCACGCGAAGAAGAAGAAGUUGGGCUUAUCAAACAAAAAGAAUUUGUAUUAAUUUUUUUACGACAAAGUACGAUCAAACUAGAGUCCCCAGACAACAUGGAGCAAAUGGACGUGGAUGUGGAUUUGUCGGCCAAGCCGAGUACCUCGUCGGCAGCGAAUUCCGGCUCCAGCGGCCAAGCACAGGACCCGGCUCUGAAUCCAACAGCGGCGCAGCCCAAAGAAGGAAACGUCAUGGCUGCAACUGGAACCAGUGCUUCGGUGACCAUAUCGUUGCACCCGCUGGUCAUAAUGAAUAUAUCAGAACACUGGACCAGAUUCCGAGCGCAGCACGGCGAACCGAGACAGGUAUAUGGGGCUCUUAUUGGAAAGCAAAAGGGUCGAAACAUCGAGAUCAUGAACUCCUUCGAACUCAAAACGGAUGUCAUAGGCGAUGAGACAGUUAUUAAUAAGGAUUACUACAACAAAAAAGAGCAGCAGUACAAGCAGGUUUUCAGUGAUCUGGACUUCAUUGGUUGGUACACAACUGGAGAGAGUCCCACGGCUGCGGAUAUAAAGAUUCAAAAACAAAUCGCCGCCAUCAAUGAGUGUCCCAUCAUGCUUCAGCUGAAUCCAUUGUCCCGCAGCGUAGACCAGUUGCCCCUGAAGCUCUUUGAAUCAUUGAUAGACUUGGUGGACGGCGAGGCAACUAUGCUGUUCGUGCCUCUUACCUACACUCUUGCCACUGAAGAAGCGGAACGCAUUGGAGUGGACCACGUGGCUCGGAUGACAUCCAAUGAGUCGGGAGAGAAGAGCGUGGUGGCGGAACAUCUAGUGGCCCAAGACAGUGCCAUAAAAAUGCUAAAUACUCGCAUCAAAAUCGUGCUGCAGUACAUCCGAGAUGUGGAGGCAGGCAAGCUGCGACCCAACCAAGAGAUUUUGAGAGAAGCAUAUGCCCUGUGCCACCGUCUGCCUGUAAUGCAGGUGCCCGCCUUCCAGGAGGAGUUUUACACGCAGUGCAACGACGUGGGCUUGAUCAGUUACCUAGGAACACUCACCAAGGGAUGCAACGAUAUGCACCACUUUGUCAACAAAUUCAACAUGCUAUACGAUCGUCAGGGUUCGGCGCGACGCAUGCGCGGUUUAUAUUACUGAUUCGAUUAUUAAGAUCCCUUACAUUAAAGCCUCUGAGUAUGUACGA